AUGGAAGGGUUAAAGGUUUCAGAAGCCAGCUUAAUCGUUCACAUUCAUCCUUCUAAAAGCAAUCAAGUUUCAAAAUCAGUUCUUCGUGAACUCAGCACUAUGCUUUUCACGUACAACGAGGUCUUCGACGGUAUCGUUUUGGCUUACGAUGUUAACUCGUUAGACAAAUGCGCGAAGAUCCUUCCUGGAGUUUAUCCUUAUUUCGGUGUUAAUCUGAAGGUUAAUCUGUUACUUUUUUCUCCCAAGCCAGAUAUGCUUUUAGAAGGAAAGGUAGUGAAACUUACUCAUGAGUCUAUUCAUGUUGUUGUGCUUGGAUUUGCUUCCGCGAUUAUAACGGAGAAAGAUAUCAGGGCAGAGUUUGUGUACAAAAUGAAACACGGGCAAGAAGUGUAUGCGAGCAACUCUCACAAGCGGCAUGUGAUAAAGGUUGGAACAACGAUAAAAUUUUUGGUCAAGAGCUUUGAUGAGGAAAUGCUUCAUGUUUAUGGAUCUCUAGUUCCAGAUAACACAGGAAGCAUACAUUGGCUGGAUAAGAAAUUGGAAGUUGUUUCCCACUCUGACAGGAGCAUAAAAAAGAGAGAUAAUGAGGGACAACCAUUAAUCUCAGAUAAAGAUGCUUUAGAUGGGGAACGGUCAACGGGUGACACUGCUCAAAAACUAAAGAAGUCGAAGAAGCAAAAAGUCAGAGAAGAAUCUUGA